CGCCGCCCGCGUCCAGUCGCCGCGCGGCCUGCGUCGCGCCCGGUCGUGUCGCGCUGUGUCGGCGUGUGUGUAUGCGUGCGGUGCGUGCCAGUACCACCGUGUCCUAGUAGUGUUUACUUUAUAACAAUCGUCAGCUUCACUACCUACCGUUAAGCAACAGAACAAAAACGACAUUUUGACCCCUCUUGCUGAGACAGACUGCAGGCCGGGUCGCUAGCGGGCGCCGCGGCGACAUGUAGAGCGGCGCGGGCCCCAGCAGCGCGGAUGGCGCGCGCGUGCGUGGCGCUGCUGGCCGCGCUCGCCGCCGCCGCCGGCCCGACCACGCGCGCGCCCGACGCGCCCGCCGCGCCCGACCUGGAGCUGGCCGAGGUGGCGGAGGUGCCGGCGUGGCGCGAGCUGUGGUACGGCUCGCUGGAGGCGCUGCACCGCGAGCCCAGCAUCAACAACACGCAGGAGGACGUGCUGGUGCAGCUGGGCGCGGUCGCCUUCCUGCACUGUCCAGUGCGCAACCUCGGCGAGCGCGGCGUGUCGUGGGUGCGCCGCCGCGACUGGCACAUCAUCAGCUCCGGGAUGCUCAUGUAUACCAACGACGAACGCUUCCAGGUGCUGCACAGUGAGGGUUCCGACGACUGGAUCCUGCAGAUUAAAUACGUGCAGAAGAGAGACAACGGCACCUAUGAGUGCCAGGUGUCGACGGGCGGCGGCACGCUGUCGCGGCUGGUGCACCUGCACAUCGCGGUGCCGGAGGCCUUCAUCCUCGGCGCCGACGAGCACCACGUGGACGCCGGCUCCACCAUCAACUUGGUUUGCAUCAUUGAGAAGAGUCCGGUGCCGCCGCAGUACGUGUUCUGGUACCACAACGCGCGCAUGAUCAACUACGACGCGGCGCGCGGCGUCACCGUGCUCACGGAGCCGGGGCCCAAGACGCAGUCGGCGCUGGCCAUCCGCGCGGCGGGCCCGCAGCACUCCGGCAACUACACGUGCUGCGCCGCCAACACCGAGCCCGCACACAUCUUCGUCUACGUGUCGGAAGGCAGCGACACGAUGGCGGCCACGCUGAGCCGCAGCAAGGCGCGCGCGCCUCCGGCCGCGCCCCCGCCCGCCCGCGCCCCGCUGCUGCUGGCGCUCGCUGUACUCUCUGCUCACAGAUUCACUUGUGCUAGUUCUCCGUGAAGUACUGAGGAUGUGGAUCGUGGUUCAUCACUACUACUUCCGCUGAGUUUAAAUUAGAACAAUAUUAGACCCUCUUUCAUAUUUAUUGGAAGUAAGUGGCAGUCUCGGUAUUCCAAUAUCGGUGCGGUAUAUGUGAGGCUCAGCAGAGAGUUGUUCACGCAGCGUUAUGCGCCAAUGUUGUGUUGUCCUCGUGCAGGUACACGCGCUGUGUUUGUAUUGGCAAUUUGGCUACUUGAACGUUUUGUGAAAUAUCUUUUAAAUCACCUUAUAUUCUCAUAAAAUGGCGAUUCUGAGCUCGAUGUUACCGGUAUCGUGACGGCACGGCGCCGACCGAGUUGAGGACGGUGUAAAGCCUGCCGGUAGCCGGUACGGUCAAUCACACGGCGAAACACGACGCAAGCGUUGUUCCACGCUGCUUUUUUAAGGCCGUGUUAUUAUUUCGGCCAAGACGGCCCAUCAGUGAAACACGGUUCUUCCACAGUUAAAACUGAAAGUGAAAUGUACUGUACCUUUAACCCCUUGUCUGUUGGUAUAUAAGACACAAUAGAAAACACAUUGUGUCUCGCGUAGAUCUGCGUUCCGACAGACAACGGGUUAAGCUAUAAUAUUUUUCUCCAAGUAUGUCUACUUUUAUAAGUUGUAUUUAUACAUCGAUCAAAUAGCCAAAUCGAUGCACCACAGUUUGCUCACCGCGUGACAGACAAACUAUAUCUAGAAACGUUCGUGUGAUUGCCGGGCAGCGACUGCGGCGUGGCGCGUGAGGCGUGACAGUAAUGCAGUUCAUAGUGGCGGCUGGAUUCCCCCGCGCGACGGCGUCAAUGGUGCUGCCAUUAAAUGGCCGCCAGUAGUCCCCAGUAGUCUUGUACAUAUUUUAUUACUCCCUACAAUACCUUCUUGUAAAUAUCACAAGUUCAUGACGUUAUUCGAUAAAUAGCUUCGGUUCUAUAGCAAAUCUCGAAGUACUACUUCCACAAAUGACCAACAAGACUUGGCUCCGCAUCUGGGCUUCCGAGGCGCUGUGGCCGGUGGUCACAACCUUGCAUUCUCUUGAAUAACUUGUUUAUUGUAUAGGUACCCAAUAGUUUCUUCGUUGCGAUCGGUUCCUUGAAAUUACGAGAAUUUACCAAAGGAAAUUGCUCAACAAAAUAAACAUUUGAAUCGUUAGAAUUGGACCAACAUCUUUAAAUGAAAAGCUAAGGAAACGAUCUCCGUCAUGCCCCGUUUCAGUUCGAUUCGUACUUCCAGGGACACCCUGUGCAACACAAACUAAAUUCAAUAACAACUUUUGAAACAACAACAUAUACUGUAGUCCGCCAAUGCGUCAUGGAAGCUAGGUGUUUCUUCCUAUUUGUGGACUCGAAUGCAGAAGAACGAGCAACAAACUACAUCGUUACUUACAAUAACGUAAAUGGCAUGCGAGUGUCUGCACAAUGUACGAGCUUGCGUGGCCAAGUAGGUAAUAACCCAAGAAUUGGUAUAACAUUGUAAAUAUUGAAGAACACUUCGGUUCUUGACUUCCAUUAAAUAGUAACUAAGAAUUAAAAUAAAUUAAUUUUGAAAUAAAAA